UCUAUUGUACUCAACAGUGGCUUCUUAGUUGCAUUUUUGUCUCUUCGGCACAUGGAGAAAAAUAAUGGGCAGCUUCCACUCUUCAAUUACUAUUUUCAUCGAUUUUGGAGGUGAGUGAACAGUAGACAUACUCUCCUUUUUUGUUCAGGUAAAAUUUGCGCAUCCAGCAACAUGUGUACAUUCAAAAGUAAUGUUGGUGUGCUUUGCUCAAAAAAUUGGAGAAUUCUUGAGAAAUUGCCCCUGUCAGUGGUGGUGGAGCGAAAUAAAAAGUGGGGGCGCUGAAAAUAAAAUUGGACCUUCCAUUUUUUUCACCCCCUCCUCCCCCAAAAUAAGCAAUAAAAGGCGGCCUCUGUCUUUUUUUUUAAGACGCCAACAACAUUUUGGAGCCCUUGGAUGCAAUUGUCAAUGGUGCCCACAAUAAAAACUAUAUAGGAGAGCCUUCCUUGGGGGGGUGGGGGGGGGGGUGCAGAUAAACAAAAAGAAAUGUCCCAAUCCAACUGGCUACGUAUGUUGUUUCUUGUUUUGAACAGACGAGUUGACUUUUACUUGAACUUUCCAAAAUAGUUUUUUAAGUCCUUAUGAGUUAUUUAUUAUUCUGACUUUGGGUUGCUGGUGUCUGCAAGGUUAGUGGAGCAGCGCAAUGCUCAAGCAUGAGGGUAGGAACCCUGGGAGCAGCCCCCACAAGGCACCAUCACACUCAACCACUUGGUAGAAUACUUAACCACUAAUACUUACCUAUAACCACCAAUACUUACCUAUAACCCAUUAUUUAAAGAAGGUGGGGUUGGGAGAAACACAACACUAAAACUGCAUGCAAGUAACAAUGCUAUAAGCAACUGUGUAAAACAAGACACCAUAUAAUUGUAGUGGGGAAAACUGCUAAUCAGCUUUGGUUCGAGGUUAAAUUACUUUUAGUCAUUAAAACAUGAAGUUAGUGAUGCUAGUUAUAACAAUAUUAAAAUUUAGUUAAUAUUUUGAAUAGAGUCAUGUCUUAAGUAUGGGGGAUAUGAUUGUCCACCGGGGUGAGUGUAGCCUGCCCUACCAAAACAGGGUUUCUUGGUUGCAGUCCCUGCUGUGCUUUUCACAUCAUUUACCAGAUGUUGCAAAAGUCUUCCAAAUUUUGUCUGAACAAGCUCAGGUUAUGAAGAAUCAGCCAUGUGAUUUUAGCCAAUCAGAAACAGGGAAAUAUUUUGAAUGAAUUGAUAAUGAUGAUGAUGAUCUUAACAAAUAUAAAUAAGUACGAGUGAGUAGUAGCUCUUGGUCAAUGUUCCUAACAAUUAUUACUUGUAUUACUGAUACUCCACAGAUUGACUCCAACAUACAUGUUUGUUUUGCUGUUUUGGGACAAACUGACAGUAUUUCUUGGUGAAGGCCCUUAUUGGCUCAAUUAUCAGUCAGAUGAAGCUUGUGACAAAUACUGGUGGUCCAAUCUGCUCUACAUCAACAACUUUUAUCCUACACAAUUUGGUGCUUCGGUGAGUUUUUGACAUUAUUGUUUUAUUGUUUUUUUGGACAAAUAUUUUUUUGUUAGGUCAGUAUUUCACAACAGAAAACUUGUGUAUUUCGUUUAUUACCAGCAGCAUAAAAUGUAAAUAUGAAAUUAACUGUCAUGUUAACAUCAUAGAUGAGAGGAUAACAUUGCAUGUCCUCUUUACAUACUUUUAUAUUAACAGUUAGCUUGGACGUCAGGAUACAGUGGUUCAACUGUCUGUAGCUAGUGGUGGAGUUAUAAUGGCAGAAGAGGUUGACCACACCACCCGAAGCAACUUCCCCUAUUCUUUUUAAACUGUAGUGUAGGUGGUCCAUACCUCUUGUCUCUUGUACCUUGCAUUCUCAGCUACCCCCGUCUUCUCUUGACAUCCACCCUUUAGCCUUUAGUUUCCCCUAUCUCUCCUGCUUCACUGUAGAACUCCCAUCUUCUGCCCUUUCCUCUCCUGUGCCCCAUACCCCUCCUGUCCCUAUUCCCCCAGUCCCCCACCCCCCCCCGCCCCCCUUGUCCCACUAGUGUGGGUUCUGUAUCAAUUCCUUAAAAUUAGCUAAUAAAAGAACGAUGCAGGAGAAAAUGCCAAUCGCUUUAUGUCCAAUGACGUGAUUAUCUGAACUAGACAAUGUCUUUAUCAACCACUUUUUUAAAGACCCUUGUUUAUGGUGAAGCUGGGUUUUGAAUCUAGCCUCCUGCUCAAAAGUCUGGCGCUUAUCCAAUUCAGCUAAACUGGGUGGCAGUAUCAUUUGCAACCUAAUAUCAAUGUGCUUUUCUCCACACUAGCUUUUGUGUAUUCCUUGCUUUGCGGAUGAGGUGGUUGUUUUUAAUAGUCAAACCCCCUAUGGUUACUAAUAUUAUUAAGAACAUUUUGUUUAUUAUCUCCACCUUUGUGUCUCAUAAAGCAAUUUGGUUAUAAGCAAGAAUUCUUUUUUUUCUGUGGCAUUUCAAAUGAUUUUGAUUUCUCUUUUCAGUGUAUGGUAUGGGCUUGGUACCUCGCUAAUGACAUGCAGUUCUACAUAAUUGCUCCCGCCAUCCUUUUUAUGGCAUACAGGUAACGUGUGUGACCGGCUACAUAUAAAUCAUAGUUCACAUUUCUAUAGUUAGUGCAGUUAAGCCUCCAUUAAACAGCUACCUAUUAACUGGCCACCCUCUAUUAAGCGAAGUCCGAAAAUAAUUGUACAAUAGAAUUGUAAGUUAAAUCUCUAUGAAGUGAUUUUGGCCGUUCCAAUGAGAGUUUUCCUGUCAUUUUGUCCUCUGUUAAGUGGCCAGGUGAUAACUGAUUGUGAACCUGUAAUAACAUUAGCCUGCGUAGCAGGCGCUUGGAAGUAGCGGGGCACAAGAGAAAAUGGGGGCGCGCGAGGGAGACACGUAUCUCCUUCUCACGCGCCUGCUACACAGGCUAUAAUAACAUUUCAGUUACAGACAUUGCCACCUUAGUCUAUGUACUGUAGCGUCGCUGUUGCAAAGUAUGAAUCUGGGGGUUAGUUAUCCUGAGGGUGGCUGCUUAAUGGAGGUUUAACUGUACCCAAUUUAAUACUUGAAAUAAGAAAUCUACCGUAAAUGUAAAUCCAGUUCGUUAUCUUGUAUUACGAUAAAUUACAUGGAUUCUUUAUACUAGUGACAAUUUCCUGUUUCCUUUUUUUUUUAGCCUUUGAAUAGGCUGUCCAUUUGGGGGAAGCUUGGGGGAAGGAGGCUAAAAAUGGUGAGGAGGUGGUGAAAGAAGAAAUGGAAGUGGGGAGGUUGGGGAAGGUGGGAGAGGCUGCCCUGCCCUUUUCCCCUCCCCAGCUUUAUUUGCAGCUCCUCGCUUGACUCGCUUUGCUUGCAGAUGUUUUCCCCCUUUUCCCAUUUAGGAGCCAAGACUCACGCUGUACUUUUUCCUCGUUUCUAACAAGGAAAAUAAAAAUAUUUAUAAUCCCACCAAUUCAAAAAAUAUUUAUUACUACUUGGUAUUUUAUACCACUCAAAUAGCAUCUAAAACAAGUACGAACAGAUGGUAAUAUUAGAGAAGUUAAUCUGCUUAAACCAGUUCAAGAAAUGUCUUAAGACUAUAGCACAGCUCAUCAUUUGGAAGGCCACAUACCUUUUACUCGCGUAUGCGCAAAGAAUUUUCACUUUACUGGCACCUUGAAUUUUUCUAAACAAUACAUCCACGAGUUGGCCAUAGUUAACUUUGAUUCUUAUUAGAUGUUAUGCAUAAUAGUUUGUAAUUUUCAAAUUUGUAAGGAGGAAAGGAAUUCUUUACUUUUAAAUUGUAAUUUGUGAUUUUAAACAAGUGGGGGUAUACAUUUCAACUAGUUUUGUAAGCACUGAGCAAAGAAAACUUGAAUCUUAUGGUUAGGUAAAAUCGAUUCUAAUAUAAUGCUUUUGUUUUGUUAGGUUUCGUCUUGUAGGAAUGCUGAUAAUUGUUGGUGUGCUUAUGGGUGCCAGUUUUAUUACAACAGCCAUUAUAUACGCUCACUAUGACCUUGCAGCCGUGUUGUUAGGUGCGAAAGCACAAGCUAACAGGUAAGAAUUGUCAAGAGGGUUAAUCAUCCUUGUCACCCCAGAAAUGUUCAUUUUCUUAGGCUGCCCAUUUAGGCACCGAAUAUUUUAUCCUGUUGCAUUUAACUGAAUGUCAUUUUGACUGGUAGCUGCGUAUAUCAUUUGUUUCAACGUCUUGUCUACUGGUUUUUCUAAACAGCAAUUUGGAAGGCGGAGAAAGCUUUGUAUGGGUGUAUAAGCAAGCAAGCAAGCAAGCUCCCCUGGGGAGAACACUCCCGUACCCCUGGAGAGAUUGCUCGCAGGUUUACGUUUGGGGUGCCAUAUUGCAUUUUUAAGACAUCACACAGGCAUCCAUACAUAAACUAUUCUAAAAAAUUAGGUCAAUAAAUGGUUCAUCUGAAAUGAUAUUGUAAUGCAUCUUUACUGUUACGAGAUAAGUGAAAGGUUUAAAGGGACAGGUUCACGGUUAAGCGGAUGCUCAUUAAUUAAAUUGCUUUUUUCUAAUUUAUUAUUAAUUCUAUCCGCGGUUAAUAAUCCUACUCACAUGUAUCACAGCGAUCUCAGAGUGUAUUUCAAAGAAGAAGUGUAUUUCAGAGUAACCUGAAGUAGGAUGGAGGAGUACUAAAAUCGCAGAAAAAAUUAGUGGAUUAUGCCAACACUACCAACGUUGAAUUUAUUGUUGACCCGAAGGUUUUAUUCCAUGGUUGAUUAAUUUAACGCUAUUCGCAAGCAUGUAAGUUGGUCAAGUGCAAGUGACUGUGCAGAUUGGUUCUUUGACAACAUUAUGACAUGAUCAUAUUGCUUGCAUAGACAAUCCAGCAUGUCCCGGCAGAAAAACAGCAUUUUGAUAAAUGAGCAUACGCUGAACCGUGAACCUGUCCCCUAAACAAAAUAAAGGAAAGCAUAAAGGUGAAGUAUAGACAUUGCCUAUCCCUCCCCGAAUCUGACAGGGGUUCAAGUCUUUUGAACAUGUUCUUAACAUCCGUUGGAGCUGUGAACGCGUUGCGACAAAAGUUUCUCUUAGGUGCGUUCUCACUUCCUAUCCACGUAGCCUUUUCCCAGAUACUAAAUACUUACUGAUAUGGUUCCUUGCUAGACCGUCUGUUCAGAACCCCCUAUUUUUCCCCUCUGGGAGGGGUUCGGUUUCCCUCCUUCUACCGCUAUAAUUUCCGACACUCGCCCCCAUGGUACUUUUGAAACCAAGGUGGUCACUCGUUUCACUAAGCGCUUGAUAUCAGCGAUCUGUGAACAGUCCACCUUGCUACCCUGACCAUCUCUGGGAUAAAAUAAAUCCAAUAUCGUGUCAAAAAAGACUUUGCGAAUACCAGGUCAUAUGCGAAUAAUUUUGUUGUUGCAGGGCCAAAGGUGUAGAUUCAAUGUCUUUGACUUAUGUGAAACCUUACUGUCGCAUUGCACCGUACCUUGUUGGUAUGCUGUUAGGGUACAUAAUUUUACACUUUAAGGACUGGAAGAUGUCCAAGGUAACAAGUUAAUACAUACGUACAUACAUGACUUAUUUGUUAACGCAGGUCAGAUUACAUUAGCCUAUGAAAACAGCCGACAUUUUCCGACGCCACCUCUGGUUUCCCCGCGUAAUGACGUGUGAGAAACGAACACAGAAAUUCCAUUCUGAUGACUUGUCAUUACCCAGAUUGGAUAGUGCUUCUGAUUGGUUGGAAAUUUGCUUCGUCCAGUCAUAAGCAAUACCCAAAUCUGGGGGUGACGCAUCAUCAGUAUCGAAUUUAUGCAGUCGUUUCUCAGACGUCAUUUCGCAGGGAAACUGGUGGUGGCGUCGCUGUUUUCUCAGGCUAAGGUUAGACAAAGUUAGUAGAGGACACCGGUUAUUAAAGCUGGUAAAAUCAGAGAUGAAAACAACGGUGGAAGUUCCUUGACCGUGCGCAAUUAAUGCGGUGUUUUUUUUUGUCAGUAAGUUCAAAAUGAUAGGAAUGCUAAUGAACGUUGUGUACGGCCUGGUCCAAAAAAGCGAACAAAAACAUAUAACAAAGAAAUCUGUCAGGCUUCAUAAGCAAGGCAAAUGUGCUGAUGUGGUGUACUUGCAGUACAGUAAACACCAGCUUAUGAGAAUGAGCGGAUUAAGAAUAUCAGUCUGAACUUUGGCUAAUAAAGCAGUGCCAUAUUUAUAAGAACCAAUUCAGCUAUGUUUUUAUAUAAAAAAAAUUAAGAGAAUGCCACGAUAGGAAACCAAUACAGUGUCUCAGAUUAAAGUACUAUGGUUUGCUGGCUCAUACGAAUCAUUAUACGUUUCUGGGAAACUGCCCACCUACCCCUCCCUUAAUCGAACAUUUUUCCCUACGUGAGAAGUAUGUGUUAUUGUGGACUUAAAGGAGGGGUAGGUGGGCAGUUUCCAAGAAACGUUUAAUCCCAUACAAACUCAGGGACUGCUGGUUUUGAGAAGCAAGAAAUGUUAUGAAAUGUUAAAACUACUUGGUUAUGACUACUCAUAUUAUUAAUAGUAUUUUUUAAUUUGAAAUUUAUUUUUUAGUGUAAGUAAUAAAACAUGGUAAACACAACCAGGUUCCUAAAACUGGUAAGCUGACUUUCUUCCUUUUCCAAGGUGCGUACAUAUAUGUUCAAUGUUGCUGGGUGGUGUGUUGCAAUCGCUCUGGCUUUAUCUACACUGUACGGUGAAUACAGUGCUGUGAGAAAGAACAAUCCAAAGCCCUUCAAUCGCGCCGGAAAUAUCAUAUACGGGACCUUCUCACGCUGCGCGUGGGGCUUGGCACUAGCUUGGGUGAUUUUUGCAUGUCAUCGCGGGCUCGGAGGUAGGUGUCAAUUUGUUAGUCAGACUUGAGUUGGUAGCAGUCGAAAAUUUUCUUAACAUUGUAAGUGUUACGGAAACACCUAAAGGUUGUCUAGAGUUUCGUUCGCUAGUGGACGUAGAAUCUUCUGAGGCACCUUUCAGGACAAUAUCGACAGCUCAUAUAAGUACCUUGCCUUACCUUAUUUACUGCAGUAACUCGCGUUUAACCCUAAUCCAAUGUAGGUGCCACCUAUUUGACUGCACUAGAAGAGUGUGAAACAGAAGUUGGAAUUAUUUGGUGGACUUUGAGGUGUAAAUUGUAACAUAUCGGCUGACUUUAAAGCAUGUUUGAGCUCAUUUCAUGUAAUUCUGACUGUGGUUUUCUAUUUUGUAGGUUUGGUGGACAAAAUUCUGUCAGCUCAUUUCUGGAUUCCAUUAAGCCGACUGACUUACUGUGCCUACCUGGUUCAUCCUAUCGUCCUGACCACAUAUCUCGGUUCUCUGGAGACUAAUCACGAUUACUCUGAUGUCCUCAUUGUAAGUAACAAUUCUGAUGUCUUGAGUAAAACCUUCUACUCGAACUAAACAUUAAACCUUGACUUGGAUCCCUAUUCGACAAAAACUCCCAAAGUUCUUUAGUAAAAUUCUGAAAAAUAUACAGCUCUUUGUGAAAGAACUGCAAAAGAGGUUUCAUUUAAAUGGUCAUACCCACAGACUCAAAGUUAGAACCACAUACUAAAAAUAUAGUACCAUGUCAAAAUACAACAACAACAACAACGAUAAUUAACAAUUACUGGACGAGGUUAAGCAAAAUAUCGAGAUUUGUCAGUGGCGAGCAGAUCAAUUAUUUACCGAAGACGAAGGCUGAGGCAAAUAAUCGAUCCGCGAGACACUGACAAAUCACGAUAUUUUGCGAUAACCGAGUUCAAUAAUUGUUUUAUCAUUCGAUCACCACGUUUGUUUUGUAAUGAAUAUCUUCGCGAAUCGGGAAGCGAAGCAAUCUGCCAUUAAUUUUUUCACGCAGGAGCGAUCGCAAGAAGGAGAAAAACGUGGUUUCGUUUACGUAUGACCGGAGUAUUAUCUGCAGCCAAACACAGCUGGACGACAUUGCGCAUGAGUAGACCAUUAUUUGUAGGCAGUUAUUUGCAGGUCACUUGGUGGACUUUCGGCCAAUGAAAAGAAGAAAAAAUUUGCAUCGAAUGAUAAUAAUCUUUAUUUUUCUUUAACUCAAGUUUCGGGAGGGGAACCCCGGGAAUGAGGCUGUAUACAACAGUGAUUUUGGAGGCUUUAUUUAUGUUCUAUUUACUGAGGAAUUAUUUGUGUUUCUCCUUUUUCUUCCACAGUCGUUCUUCUUUACUGGUUCGGUAGUCCUUUCAUAUGCUGCAGCCUUCAUUGUAUCAGUGUGUGUCGAGUUUCCCAUGAUGCAACUGGAGAAACUGAUUUUUAAAACCCAACGCUGA